AUGGAACAAUGCAAAAUUUGUGGACGGCAUAGGAAACAGGCCGUACAGCUUACUCCAACAUUUGAGUUCAAUGUAGAACCAUUUGAAGAUGAUCGAGAGCUAUCACAUUUCCUGUACCGACUGACGCAGGAUAUAAUAAAUACAAAAAACUAUUCCGAUGAAAAUAUUAACCGAAUUUGUGAAAAACAUGUGCGUAACUCUCACUACCCCGAUAGCCAACGGUUGCGAGAAGUGGUGCAAGAUUUGAAGAACAAAUUGAAUAUCGUAAAUCGUAAAGAAAUACAAUCUACGGCUGAAAGUAAAAGACAAGACAUCACACAGACUGCUGAGAAUGAGAAAACAAUGGCCCUGCAGGAUGUACGACGAAUGAAAGAUAAAAACAUCAGUACACAAUCGCUCAUUAAUGUGCCCAAACUUUUACUGAAGGAUGCCUCCAGCUCCAUCAGUACAAUCACUACGUACAAUUUCCCCUCUUCAGAGGAACCAAAGGUAGACCCACUUCAGCUACUGAUAACUUCAACGUCUCGUAAAAGUGAAAUGUCUCCAGCAUCGAGCUCUACGCUACAAACAAUUUUCCUGAAACCAGAUCCCCGCGAACUAUCUGCUAAUCAAACCGUUCAGCCAGUGAAUAGUUCAGUCGAUGCACUAACCAGAAUGGUUGCAGCUAGCAGAAAACCGGAAAGUGGAUGUAAAAGAUGCCCUUUGGGUAAAUGUACUCAUCGGAAAGUGCACGAAACUGUCUCACGGAAAGUACGCAAGAAUGAUGGAUUAAAUUUCUAG